GUCAAAAAGCACUUAAAGCAUUGUUAAGGUCAUUGGUGGAUCUUCAGGAAGAAUUGCUUUUCCAGUGCCCAGACACUAGAUACCUAGUAAAUGGGACAAAACCCAAAACAGAAAGUGAGGAGAUUUCUAGUGAUGAUGAUGAACUAGUGGAAGAGAAGAAGAAGCAAAGAAAGGCCCCACCAAAGAGGAAGCUACAGAUGGAGGACUAUCCCAGCUUCAUGGCAAAGCGCUCUGCCGACUUUACCAUCUACAGGAACCGCACACUGCAGAAGUGGCACGAUAAAACCAAGCUUGCUUCUGGAAAAUUGGGCAAGGGUUUCAGUGCCUUUGACCGCUCCAUCUUGACUCAGAUUGAUCACAUUCUGAUGGACAAAGAAAGAUUACUUCGAAGGACACAAACCAAGCGUUCUGUCUACCGGAUUCUUGGCAAACCUGAGCCAGCUCCUGAGCCUGUCGCAGAGAGUUUACCAGGAGAACCGGAGAUUCUUCCUCAAGUCCCUGCCAAUGCUCACCUGAAGGAUUUGGAUGAAGAAAUAUUUGAUGAUGAUGACUUUUACCACCAGCGUCUCCGGAAGCAUUCCAGAUUGCUUGCUUCUGUACCAACUGCUGCCGUCCUUGCACACUUGGUAGGAACUGGACCAGUUGCCAACAUCUGGUGGCACAGCGAGGCACGGGUGCAAGUCUUGAAACCCCACAGAUUCUAA